UUAUAAGCGGAAUCACCACCGCGUAUCAUUUUAUUACAUUGUCUUUAUAAUCUUAAUGUUAUUAUUGUGUUUCUAUAAGUGCAGUGUAAAAAUGUAUUUAAAUGUGAUUAAUAUUGCGAAAUGAUUAUUUUUUGUUUCCCAAUGUUCGUGAAACAGUUUAUUGUUUUAUUUCUUUAGAACAAAAAUAAGUGUUACAAAUUACGUUAGGGGGCGGUACCGUGAUGCCAGUUCGUAAGCAAGAGGCCCACCGAGCAUUAGAACUGCUGGAAGACUAUCACAGCAAAUUAAUUAAGCCGCAGGACCGCCAGCUUCGUCUCGCUAUCGAAAGAGUUAUCAGGAUUUUUAAAUCACGCCUUUUUCAAGCUCUUCUUGAUAUUCAAGAAUUUUAUGAAUUAACCCUUCUCGACGAUACGAAAUCUAUUCAACAGAAGACUGUUGAAACCAUUCGUAUAGCAAACAAGUGGGAAUCUGAUGGUGUCCGGGGUGAAGCACAAUCGGCGGAUAAUGAUUACAGAUCAGUUUCGAAUGCUUUUCUGCUGGACAACAAUAGAAAAUCGGACAAUCGCAAUGUUGACUCACCAGAUUCAGCAAGGGUCGGUGCGAUUCCCUCCAUCAUAUCGCCAAGAGGAGACGUGGAAGAAAAAAAGGUUCACGUUUCAUCACCUGAAAUGAAGCAGUUGCAGAUAAAUGGAAUAGAAGGUGGUUCGGAGCGCACUGUCGGCGAUGACGGCUCUUUGUACUUAACUGUGGUUUUAUCUCGCGCGGGCGGCGCUGGGCUCGGAUUCAGUAUCGCAGGCGGCUCGGACAACCCUCACGUCGCCGACGACCCACUCAUCUAUGUCACAAAACUUAUACCCGGUGGAGCGGCGGCCGCCAGUCAGUUGCAAAUAAAUGAUGCAAUAUUACAGGUUAACGACACAUCGGUCGAGAAUGUAUCCCAUGCCGAGGCAGUCGACGCAUUAAAAAAGGCGGGGAGUACAGUAAAACUGAAAAUAAGACGUCGGCAAACGGGAGAAAAUACAUUAAAUGUUUCCCAAAUAUCAAAUAAAGAGGAGGCUGUCGAGAUAGAGUUGGUGAAAGGCGGUUCCGGGUUAGGCUUCAGCAUAGCAGGCGGCCUGGGUAAUCAGCACAUACCGGGUGACAAUGGCAUAUAUGUAACCAAGAUCAUGGCCGGUGGGGCCGCGCAUCGGGAUGGACGUUUAAGGGUCGGUGACAAGCUGCUUAUGGUGAAAAAUACAUCAAAAGGUGACGUGAACUUAGAUAAUGUGACGCACGAAGACGCAGUGAGCGCGCUGAAGGCGUCGGGCGAGCGCGUGCUGCUCGUGCUCGUGCCCGGCCCGCGCCACGGACAGCCGUCGCCGCGCGUCUCCCGCGCCAACACCCCCAUCCUCGCAGCGUCGAGCACGGCCAACUCGCUGCGGCGCGAGGACGGGCAGGACGGGCAUGACGGACCGGACGGGCCGGACGCGCCGGACGCCGAGGAGCCUCGCGUCGUGGAGCUGGAGAAGGGCCCGCAGGGGCUCGGCUUCAACAUCGUGGGCGGGGAGGACGGGCACGGGAUAUACGUGUCGUUCCUGCUGGCGGGCGGGCCGGCCGAGCGCUCGGCGCGGCUGCGGCGCGGCGACCGCCUGCUGGCCGUCAACGACGUGGACAUCACGCACGCCACGCACGAGCAGGCCGCCCGCGCGCUCAAGAGCACUGGACAGAAUGUAAAAUUGACAGUAGUGUACAGGCCACAAGAAUACAACAAAUUUGAAGCUCGAAUCAAUGAAUUGAAACAACAUCACACACUACUAAGGACAUCUCAAAAACGAUCACUAUAUGUAAGAGCUCUUUUCGACUAUGAUCCCAUUAGAGAUGAUGGAUUACCCUCUAGAGGACUGCCAUUCCGAUACGGUGAUAUACUACACGUCACUAAUGCCUCUGACGAUGAGUGGUGGCAAGCGAGACGACUAGACAGCACGGACCCGGAGGCGAUCGGCAUCAUCCCGUCCAAGCGGCGCUGGGAGCGCAAGCAGCGCGCGCGCGACCGCCAGGUCAAGUUCCAGGGACAGGGCACCCCCGUUAGCACGAGUCAGUCAACAUUAGAGAGAAAAAAGAAAACUUUAUCGUUUAGUAGGAAAUUCCCAUUCAUGAAGAGUCGAGAGGACGGCAAAUCUGAAGAUGGUUCGGACCAGGAGCCUUACUUGCUUUGUUACACACAAGAGGACACUAACGCAGACGGGGAAAUCUUGUACCGAGUGGAACUUCCCAUGAUGGAGGAGAUAACGCUCAUAUAUCUCGAGGACGAGAGUCAGGACGAAGCCGUUUUGUCGUACGAAACAGUUCAACAGUUAACUAUUACUUACACGAGACCAGUAAUAAUCUUGGGUCCGCUCAAAGACAGGAUCAAUGAUGAUCUUAUAUCGGAGUUCCCUGACAAGUUUGGAAGCUGCGUACCUCAUACGACCCGGCCGCGACGAGACUACGAAGUAGACGGUCGCGACUACCACUUCGUGGGCAGUCGCGAGCAGAUGGAGCGCGACAUACAGAACCACCUGUUCAUUGAGGCGGGACAGUACAACGACAACCUGUACGGAACUUCCGUGGCCUCCGUACGGGAAGUGGCCGAGAAAGGCAAACAUUGCAUUUUGGAUGUUAGCGGAAAUGCUAUUAAGAGGUUACAGGUUGCGCAACUCUAUCCCAUUGCCAUAUUUAUUAAACCAAAGAGUGUAGAGUCUAUAAUGGAAAUGACGAAGCGAAUGACCGAAGAUCAAGCGAAGAAAACGUACGAACGUGCUCUAAAAAUGGAGCAAGAGUUCGCCGAAUAUUUUACUGCGGUGGUGACGGGCGACACGCCGGAGGAGAUAUACGCGAAGGUGAAGGCGGUCAUCACUGCGGAGAGCGGGCCCGCCGUGUGGGUGCCGCGCCGCGACCCGCUGUGAGCCGGCACGUGCCAUACACGCACUGUUUGACUCUAAUUACUUUACCGUUUAGGGUAUUGCACAGAAACUAGACCGAAGAAGUGUGGACCUUUAGAUUAUCCUUUAUUUAUUUCUUUCAAAACUUGACUUUUCCUUAAGGCGUACGAUGAUAAAGAGAUUUUAAUAAAUUUAUAUAUUAAUUAUAUGAAAAAGAAAAUGACGACGUUCCGAUACCGACUCGUUCGUCGUCGCUUUGGUAUAUAGAUUAUCGAUUAGUUAAAAGCAAUACGUUCAAUGAAUUUAGAAUCUCCCAAACUUCGUGGUCGGUUGUUUACCGUGGUACGAGUGAAGCAAUAUAAAAGCCGAGGAUGAUACUCGUCUCAUCUAAGCAAUAUAUCGUUUCUUAGGAGCGAAGAGCUAUAGAUAGUCACGUUUUUUAAAAAUCUGUUGAUUUAACAAUUAAACUUUAUAAAUACCGCUGGGUAGACCUUCUAUAAAAAUCGUAGCAUAAAUUACAUCGUCCGAAACGAUUCCAGCUAUUUAAAGUGGUAACAGUUUUUUAAAACAAAGCUUUCACUGUAGUAUAUUAUGCUUGUGUUUAUUGUGCUAAUCAUUAAUCUAGCGUUUAUAUUUCUUCAAAUAGUAUGUUUGCAUGGUGUAAUAAAAAUAUUUAUUGACAAAACAAAUUAUAUGCUUCAAUUUAAUGUAAAUGAAUUGUAUAUUGUAGAAAUUAAAAAUGAUAUUGUUCAUGUUAAUUUGUUAACUCAGAUUGCUAGAGUAAAUUGUGAAUUUUCGCCAUUAUCAAAUAAUAUAUAAUAUCUUUAUUAUGUACACAGAUAAUAAAAUAUCAUUAUCGAUAUAAAUUGUGCACUGGAUGAUAAAAGAAAAAUAUGACAUAUAUAUUAGUUAUAAAGAUUAUUAUGAUACUAUAGUCGAACCCACCUCACGCGUCCUGCAUGGCUAGGCUAAGAAGUAACCAGAAUUAUUUGCUCAAGCAGCAAUCUGUAAUGUAGCCAUUGAAUCUCAUGACAUUGUGCAUACUGAAGUCCCUUUAACACUUAUUUAGACGAGGUGCGAAGUUGUUGAUAAUUUUUAUAGUAAGAAAUUGUGUUAUACGGCGUGAAAUGUCUCACCAAUAAUGUAUGACAUUUAUUUACUGAGAAUUUUAUUUAACUAUAGUAUGCCCAUCUGCAAAUAUGGCUAUGUACGCGAGCACUUUCUACUUAAGAUAAUCUUUGAACACCGAACUCGUUUAUUGAUGAAAUAAUACUGUAAGUGCAAUGAGUAUUUUAAAAAAUAUUACAAUUGAUUACUAUCGCUUGUACUUAAAUUAUAGUUUAUUAUUAUUUUUACUUUAUUAUAAUGCCAUGUUAACGCGAUUUAGAUAAUAUUUUUUGCAUGACAAAUUAUGAUUGAUUAUUACUCAAUGUAAUCGCAACAAACUAUUCCCUUUUACUUAUAUGACAAUCAUUGUUUUGUGCGUACUUUCAUACUACCAAAGAUAUUCAGCAAUUUUUUGCAUGGAAAAUUGACAAAUAACUACUUAACAAGUGUAUGAAUGUGUCUUCGUCAUUGUAAUUUAUUACAAGAUCUUUGUAAAUAAAUAAACAUUUUUAAUCAGUAUGUAAGACAUACAAGUUACAACAAUAAAUUAUGAAAGUCAAUUGAAAAUAUUAUUUUGAAUAUAAAUUCUUAAUCAUUGUGUAUACCUGUCAAGUUAUAAUUAAGUUUUUACACUGAUUUAUUAACAAAUGAGUAUAAUUUGUUUUAAUGGUUAUUUAUUUUAUUGUGCUAAGUAGGUAUUCUAUUAAAUUAAUGGAAUGUGUUAAAUUUGUGUAUAUUAAUAAAUUGUAAGUAUUAAUAAUGUUUUAACACCUAUCUAACUGAAACAUUAUAAAAAUCCAUAUUUGCAGAUGUACAAUGUUUAUCAGUUAGUGAUGUUCAAUAGACUAGUUUGAAUAAAAUUAUUUACGUUGAAAAUUCAA